GAUAUUCCUAAAGAGCCAAAAUCAAACGGUGGAUCCGCUUAAAACCACUUGCAAAAGGAAAAUACUGUUGUCUUGUCAUUUCUUUUCAGUAUAUAUAUGGACAUUUCUUCUCCAUCAAUGAAUACCAGACAAUCAGUUCUAGUUUAGCAGAUUCAAACUUUCAAUACAUACGAAAUUAUAUCGAUUCAAUCAAAAGAAAUGAAUUUUAUAAGUUCAAUGGGUAGUAAAGCAUGGAUUGUAGCGACUAGCAUGGCAGUAGUAGAAGUUUUGAAAGAUCAAGGCUUUUGCAGAUGGAAUUAUGCUCUUCGUUCUAUCAACCAGCAUACAAAGAUUGGUAAUGAUAUCAGAUCAUCAAUUUCUCAAGCCAAAAGACAAUUCCUUUCUUCCUUUCCAGAGAUGAAGAGUAAUAAUGACAGUAGUAAGAAUAAUAUUAUGAACAAAGAUGGAAAUGGAGAUUUAAGUGAUGAUCGUGUCACCAUCAGGAAGAAGCAUAAGCAAGAGGCGCUGAGGAAUGUUAUGUACAUGGUCGACAUGGUUUGAUGUGAUCAUUUUUAUAUUGCCUAAUUAAAUUAUUGAGGUUCAUUUAAGGGUGUUAUUGAUCGGAAUACUCGGUGGUAUUGUACUAAUCAAGUGCAUUAGCCCAAAUUUUGGGACUUAUAAUAAUUUUUUUUAAAAUUAGUGUUUUCUUGGUGAUUAAUUAUUUUUGUCUAAGCAAACUUGAAAAGGACUACCACAACAUCCAAGCCCAAUAGGGUGGUGACAUCCUCCCUAGUGCAUUAUCUUUUCCCUACCACAUAAAAAAAAAAAAAAAAACCUAUCAAAUGAAAAAUUUCUCUCUUCUUUCUCUUCUCCUAUACUACCAUUUCUCUGUAUCCCUCCUUGAUUGAUUUCAGUGAUAUAUAAACUUAAGAUUCCUAUACACAUUUCAAGCCAUGUUUUCCAUGAAACCCUGUAAAUGCCAAUUACAAUCACCAUUUACUUUUAACCCAAUGUUUCAAAAGCUUCAAAGUCGCACACAAUCGUUCCAGUCCCAUCGGAAGCAAGCCACGAAAGAUGUCGACCGGGGCAGUAGAAAGCUUGUAAUGGUAGUCAGAGGGAGUCAAUCUGAGGAAGAAGCGGUGAACAAGGACCAAGAAAGAAAAAGUUUUUUAAGUUUAGAAGAGGCCGGGUUAGUUGAAAUGUCUGGUUUAAGCACCCACGAGCGCUUUCUUUGUCGAUUAACGAUCUCGUCGUUAAAUUUGCUUAGAGUGGUGUCAGAGCAAGAAGGUGUUCCAAUCGAAGAGCUUAACGCAGGAAAACUUUGUGACUGGUUCAUGAAGGACAAGCUUAAAAGAGAGCAAAAUUUAGGCUCUGCGGUACUUCAAUGGGAUGAUUCUAAUUUGCCAUUUUGACCAACAUUUUUGCUAUAAAUUUAAACCAAAGUAAAAUGAUAAAAUCGUCGGAGUUAUCACUGCUAUAAGUCAAUAAUUGCUGGCUGCCUUUCUUUCUAUGUUGUUUUUUAUCCACUUUCCCACGUGUCGUAGAAAUAUAUUGUCGUUUAUAAGCUGGUUUAAAUUUAGAGAGAAGACAUGUUCGAUGUU